CAAACAGUUGUCUGUAGUAAGUUGUAUCUGACACUUGCCGUCAGUUCAGCCACUGUCAUUGCUACACAGUGUGUUUUUUAUUGUGUCAGUGUGACCUUCGCGGUAUUUUAUUUUUUCGAGUUCUAAAUUUUUCGGACUUACAGACUUUCGAGAUGAACUUGAAUCAGUUUUUGGAAUGCGAUAAACAAGUAUCUCCAAGAAUAUACGACUUCGGACAUAUAAAACAGGAACCAGACAGUACUUCGCCUCUUUUAACACCUCCACAUACACCGACGUACUGCACGAUGUCUCCGCCACUCGUGGCGCUUCCUUACCAAAACUGGUACCGAUCAGAACCGCAGAUCGAACCAUCUUUUUCGCCGGUCCAUUCCUACAACGCAGUUUUUAUGAACCACUGGUUCCGAAACGCGGCUAUCUACCAUACGAGGGACCACCACUUUCAAGAUAUGAACGUGACCAAUCGACCACCUGUCGGUCCAAAGACGUUGGGUACCAGCACCAGGCCGAAGAAGCAGUUUAUUUGCAAGUACUGCAACAGGCAGUUUACGAAAAGUUAUAAUUUACUCAUACACGAAAGGACGCAUACUGAUGAGAGACCUUAUUCCUGCGAUAUUUGCGGAAAGGCCUUUAGGAGACAGGACCAUUUGAGAGAUCAUAGAUACAUCCACAGCAAAGAAAAGCCAUUCAAAUGCAACGAAUGCGGCAAGGGCUUCUGUCAAUCGCGAACACUUGCCGUCCACAAAAUCCUCCACAUGGAAGAAUCGCCCCACAAAUGCCCCAUAUGCACGAAAUCAUUCAACCAAAGAUCUAACCUCAAAACCCACAUGUUAACCCAUACUGAUCGACCUGCGGAAUGCAUGUUGUGUUCACAAUUUUUCGUCAAUUUUGCGGAAUUAAAGAACCACGAGAUGACGCAUUGUCACGGGAAGUCUUAUGACAUGCAGAUUCCUAGUUUAGUAGCCGCAACAUCAGCCGGACUUGAUUUAACUAAGAAGAAAGUUGGUCAUGGAGAGGAAGAUGGAGUCAAACCUACCAGUAUUAAAUUAGGAUUUUCUAUCGAUGAUAUUAUGAAAAGAUAAGUUGAUUGAAUGAGUUUUAAUUUUAAUGGAAAAGAGCGUACAUGCUUGUUUACAAUACAAAAUAGCAAUAUAUUUUUGGUUUUUGGAAAAUUGGUCUAAAGAAAAUAAAUCUAAUAUCGAUUGAUCUAAAUUAUAUUUGUCCUAAAAAUAAUUUAUUCUAAUUAUUAUAAAUAAAAUAUAUAUUUAUUAUUAUUAUUAUCAAAAAAAUGAAAAAACGCAAACAAAAUUGACUUGACGUAUUUUUAAAAUUGAAAGACAGUAAUUGAAACAGCAAAUAUUAAAAAUUUAAAAGCAGUUCCGGUUUUAGUUAAAAAGUGGCCACUAAUGCAAAUAACUUAAUUCUUUCUUAAUAGUUCUUAUUUGUUCUUUUCAUACUAUUGAUAGAAAAUAAAUUAACUAAACCCUUCACGAUACAAGAGUCCAAUGCAGACGCUAUAAUCGAUUGAGAAGUUUGUACAGGGUGUCCUAAAUUAGUAUGUUUUGCAGAGUAUCCCGAAAAUUAAUGGAGUCAAGAUAUUGUUUUUGUUAAAGUAACGAUUGCCUAAUCAUAUCUUCAUUUAUUAAGAAAUUAAUAUUAAAAAACUUUUCAUUGAUAUAUUAUGGACGAGGUCAGUGGCGUACAAAUAAUGUUUAACGCUUCAGGCGUAUUUAAAAAAUAUAAGUUUUUAUUAAAUUUCCUUAGUAAGAUCCCCAAACAAUUUUUUUUUCUUAAUAAAGUAGUUAAAGAAUUUUGUAGUUUUUGAUAGUUUUCAGUAAUCAUAAAUAAAGGGAGCUAUUGAAUUUUGACAAAUUUUUUUCUGAAUACCCCUUCAAAACAAAUUUGGGUACACACUGUACAGAGACUUUUUGUUUCAACCUUUUUCAGUUCCCGGGAUAAUUGUGAUCUUUUUAGUGUACAUAUUUUGACUUAUAUCUGUAUACAGAUAAGGAAAGUAUAGGAAUCAUCGAGUUUUCGACGGAUUUUUACGUUUUGGAUUCCUCUGAAUCCAUUUUGACUAUUUUCUUGAUGAUGUCUGUGUGUCUAAUUACAUUUUGGGCAUACAUCUGGGGGGUACUUUAUAGGUUUUCUACUUUAUGGAAUAUAUCCGUUGUUUACAAUUAAAGAUGAAAAUUAUUCUUAUAAAAGUUGCUUGUGAUGUCUUUCUCUACAAUUUUUGUCCUAUACAUGAUUUUAAUAAAAUGGACCGUAUUCUAAAUAUUUAACAAAAAGUGUAAAUCUUGAAUUUUAAAGAUAACUUUCUAUUUUAUAGAAUAUAUCUGCUAUUUACACUUAGAAAAGAAAAUUCUUCCAAUAAAAGUUGCUUGUAAUGACAUUCUCUAUAAUAAGUUUCCUAUGCAUGAUUUUUCUAAAAUGGACCGUAUUCGAAAUAUUUGCGGAAAUGUGCAAAUUUCGAAUUUUGAAGAUAACUCGGAAAUAGAUAAAGAGAAAGACACCAAAUUUUAAACAUAAGUUUUAAUCCAUCCUUUGGUGAACUGAUUAAAUUUUGGGCAUAGUCGGAGCACCUAGGGGGUACUUUAUAGGGUGUUGUUUUUUACUUUAAGGAAUAUCUCUUAUAUUUACACUUGGAGAAGAAAAUCCUUUAAAUAAAAGUUGAUUGUGAUGUCAUUUUAUAUCAUUUUUGUUUCGUACAUAAUUUUCUUAAAAUGGUCCGUAUUCGAGAAAUUUGACAAAAAGUUGUAAAAUUAAAAUUUUUAAGAACAUUUUUUAUAUAAAAGUUGCUUAUAAAAUCAUUCUCUACAAUUUUUGUGCUAUACAUAAUUUCCCUAAAAGCAUCUAGAACAGUUGUAUUCAUCCUUCUUUCGAUAGGGAUCCGCUUUAAGUACUUUCUAAAGGUCCUCAUAUUAUUUUAGUUUACAUAUUUUCUAACAAAAGUGCUCAUGUUGUUUUAGUUGUUUUAAUAAGCUUUGAAAAGUCUCAAGAACAAUUUCUUUCUAAAAAGGACUAUAGGUCAACCAUUUAAAUUCCUAAUAAUAGUGUUUGGGGCUGCACAAAAAAGCUUGGAGGACCGCACAAAACAGCUUGGAGGGCCACAGGUUGAGUAUGGUUGAUCUAGGGUGUACUUUAUAGGAUGUUGUUUUUUUUUACUUUAAGAAAUAUCUCUUAUAUUUACGGUUGAAGAAGAAAAUUCUUCAAAUAAAAAUUGUUUACUAUAUCAUUCUCUAUAAUUUGUAUUCUAUAAAUGAGUUCUCUAAAAUUGACCGUAAUGGAAAAAUUGAAGAAAAUUGUAAAAUUUUAAUUUUUCAGUAUUUUCAAAAAAAUUGUUUCCAGUAUGAAGGGUUUGAAAAAUGUAUGUAUUUACAGGAGUGAUACAGGACAGGAAAGUCAUGUGUUGGAUUUUUUCUGCAGCUCUUUCGUUACAAGCAAAUUUAAAAUUAUAGCAAUUGGAGUUUGGUGAUUGUUAUAAUAAUGGAAACCUUUGAAAUACAAUACAUUUCUCCCUUUUUG